UAGGUCAUUACCAUGAACCCUGCACUUAUUAAUAAACCCUUCACGAAAUGACUAGAAGAUGCUUACUGAAGACCUAUGGGACUGUGCGGUUCCGAUUGUGGUCUGACUGUGGUCGCACAAGAAAGAUGACACUCAGCUGACACUUUCCGUAGACUAGAAAAAAAAAAGAGCAACAGAAACUUGUGAAGAAAUGUACUGAAAUGAAAUUAUAUAUUGUAAUAUAGUAGCUCAUAAAGUCAUUACAGUUUUUCAUAGGUUUUUUGAAUGCAAAAAUUAGUUUAUGUAUUUUGGGAUUUAAACCAGUCAGCAUUUUCACAUUCCCCCUUAUCAUGCAAAAAAAAAAAAUACAGAGAAAUCAUCGAAAAAGGGGAAGAAGCAUAACGGAAACGUGACGCCACAUAUCAUCUGUUGCAGAGUGUUAUGUUACAGAGCAGUUGAAAUGUGUUGUAAUGGAACAUUUCUUUCAGAAAAGUUUAAUUUUGUGCUGUAUUUGUCCCUUUUUUCUUUUACCCAUGUCAGUUUUUUGUUGUAUUUCUGUCAUGUUCAUCUGCAUUUUAACCAUUAAGUGCACCUCUGAGUAGAAAAAAACAGCGCAUUCUGUGUUUAUACCAAACAGAAACAACUUUUUUCCAAAGCAGCUUUGUCACUCAGUUGUUGUGAAGCAUUUGUCUUUGCAAUAUGUACAUACAAUGUUUUUCCUCAAAUAAUUAUUACUAAAUACAAUUUAAAGCAAUAAAAUGCAUCAGUACCACUACUGAUUUAUUUAUUUUUUAGUUCAGAUUCUUGUCUAACAGUUCUGUCCAAUCGCAUCACAAUAAUAUGAACCUAAAAAAGAAGAACAACGUCUGCUGAUUCAAAUAGCCAGACAUCAUCCUUCUUUUCUCUGUUCCAGUUCCAAAUGAGUCUUCCAUGACACUUUUUAAGUUUAAAAAGUUUUAAAGACCAAUGACUGCAUCAAACAUCGUGUGAAAGCGCUUACAUAACAUCGCUAAGGAAAAGGCUUGGCACACAGCACUUUGCAAUCAUUUCCUGGCUAUAAAGGUCGCAAAAAUAGAUGAGCUGAAUCACAUUUGGUGCAACAGAUCGGCACAACUUCACAACCAGAAAUUCUGAGAGCAGAAAUGGAGGAAGGUGGCUAUACUUUUUCUUAUGAUUAUAAUGGCACCGACUGGUGUGAGGGGUAUGAAAACUGCACUCCUUUUGUGCUCCCCACUGAAUCACCACUGUCCAGGAUUGGUUCCCGGCACUGGAUCGCUCUGGUCUCCUACCUCAUUGUGUUCCUGCUGGGCGUCCCGGGGAACGCUCUGGUGGUGUGGGUGACCGCGUUUCGAAUGCCGAACUCUGUGAACGCACAGUGGUUUCUGAAUCUGGCCAUCGCGGAUCUGCUGUGCUGCUUGUCGUUGCCUCUCCUCAUGGUGCCGCUCGCCCAGGACCAGCACUGGCCUUAUGGUGCUUUAGGUUGCAAAUUACUCAGCGGUUUGCUCUACAUGAUGAUGUACUGCAGCGUUCUGCUCCUGGUCGUGAUCAGCUUGGACCGUUUACUACUGGUGACCAAACCGGUGUGGUGCCAGAACCACAGGAACACGAGGCAGGCCCGCUUCGUCUGUUUGGUCAUCUGGAUUCUUGCUCUCCUGGCCACUUCUCCUCAGUUUGCGCACAUGGAGAUACGUGAAAUGAGCGAGACUAAAACAUUGUGCGAAAGCAAAUACAGUGAAUUAGGUCAUGCAUGGUCCGUAACUCUUACCCGCUGUUUUCUGUCUUUUCUGCUGCCUUUCCUGAUCAUCUGCAUCAGCCAUUGGAAGGUUUACAUCACGACGAGCUCUGGCCGAAGGCAAAGAGGCAGCGACAAGUCAGCCCGGACGCUACGUGUCAUCCUGGCAUUAGUACUCAGCUUCUUCCUGUGCUGGAUUCCUUUGCACAUUGUGGAUAUUUUGAUGUUAAUGAUGCAAAGAAAAUCCCAUAAUGUUCAAGCCAACUUGCGUCUAGCCCAUGUGCUGACGCUCUGCUUAGCUUACUUUAACAGCUGCCUGAACCCGCUGCUCUACGUAUGUCUUGGCCGUGGUUUUAAGGAAAAUCUGAUUAGCUCACUGCGAAGUGUGCUUCACUUUGCAUCUGAGGCACCGCCCCAUCGAAUCAGCUUGACCGCAAACAGUAAGUCAACCACAGACGGGUUCAGAGAGAAGCCCUUAUGAAAUCUUUGCGUGGAGAUGUGGAUCGAAAACCUAGUCUUCAAAUACCACCCUUGGGAAGCAUUUGUAGGUUUAAAGAAAAAGUUUUUCAUUAAGUUCAUGGCUCACCAGUGGACAUGCUGCACAACAAAGAUGUACAAACUUGGUCACCAAUAUUGUUCUAUUAUAUUAACAAUAAUCUUUUUAAACAUCCGUAACAUUCUCACACAAUUUUUUCAAAAAAACAAUUCAUAACCAGUUGCUGUCAAAGCUAAUCAAAAACAGCCGUGCACACUUCACUAUAGGUAUGUUUACAUGCACUAAUUUUCACCAAUUGUAAUUAAUCCAGUUUGAAAUCAGAUUCAGGAAGUUAAACGUUGCAGUAUGAUUCACAUAUUCAUUAACAUGCGCAGUGCACCUAUUGCAAACAAAACUUUUAAGUGCAUGAACCAGAGAAAGCCACUGCAAGAAUUAUUCAGUCUCCUUCACUGAUCAGGACAUAAAAAAACAUGUCAAUAUGCGCAUUAACGUGCUGUCACAUUAGCGAAACUGCAGCAAAUUUUGCGAACAAAAAAAAGAUUCAUUGUCUCUUUUCAAUAGUGUAGAGAAGUAAGAAGCACCGCUCAUACAAAUGUCACUUUCAGACAAAGCAGGUUUCUUGCUCAACGCGAUUAAUUCACUUGACCGACCUGAAACUGAGCAAAACAUGGGGAAGGUUUUUUGCCCUCACACGGGGCCGGUUGCAUAAAAGGUUAAGACUAGUCUUAAAAGUUAGUCAUCUAGUUUUGUUCUUUAAGACUGGUCAAAAUUUUUAAAUUUACAUUAAAACGUAGAUUAGUCUAAGCUGAAUCCAAAAUAUAAGACUGAUUACCCCUUGGUUAACUGCUAGCUGGUCAAACUAGUUCUUAAGACACUGUCUUAACAUAGAGGCUAGGGGUGUGCAGCGGAGCCAUUAUUUGUAUCUGUAUUUGGAUAGAUCCGGAAGUGGGCGUGGCUUAAACCGGAAAUCCGUCAUAUUACAUGAAAAUACCAUUUUAAAUGCAAAUCUGUAUUCGUAGUUUUCAUUUAACAAAUAUGCCUUGUAUAACUAAACAAAGCAUUAUUUUUUUUAUUAAAAUUAUAACUUUGUAAAUAUCUUCUAUUUAAAACUUUAUCAAAAAAGAAAAAUAACUUUAUUCUUCUUAUUUUCCAGUGAUCUUAAUCUAUAAUCUUAAAUAAGAGCACUAGUAGAAAAAAAGAAGCUGAAAAAAAAAAAAUAAAUAAAUAAAAUAAAAAAUAUUAGAAAUGGACAGUUCAGUAGCCUACUCAUAGCAGAAUGACAAUAAAGCUCGCUUGAACUUUAAGUAACUUAGAUCAUGUGUUGCGGGAGUCUGUGAUCAUUUACGAGUUUUUUAUCAACAGAGCGCAACAAAUCAUUUGAACCCUCCAAAAGCCUUGAUCAAACGUCGCUUUUCUUAGUCUUGUAUAAUUAAAUGUAAUGUCAUUCACUAAAAGGGCUAAUGUAAUGCGUUUUUACAGUUGGAUUUCGAAAAGGUCUGAAGUUAGGACCGUUUUUAGGAUAUUUUUGUUGAGUUGAUAUAACUCCAAACAAAGAUCUGAUUUCUGAGAGACGUGCACAGACCCCAAUGCAGAUAUUGAUUAGCGCUCAUUUCAUUCAUAUAGCUAUUUAUUUUACACAUCCAGGCUCAUAGCCAGCUAUGACGUCCAGUCUGGACCAGUCCAGACCUCCAUAAAUGUUUCAUCUUCAAAAAUAAAAUUUGAAAACAUAUGAAAAAUUAUUUAAAAUAAUGUCGCUGAAUAAAUUCAUGUGGCUGACUCGCAGGAGUGAAGGAGCUUGGCGCAAGUGCAGCCUUCACUCCGCUCCGCCAUGUUGCCAGAUCUGGGUAUUAUAAGCGACGCUGGACUUGUUUUAACACUUGUAACAGCGUUAAUAAAGUAAUUAGGCAUUAAUAAAGUGGGAAGAUGAAGGUUGAGUUUAGAGAUUCUGUAUCCUAUGUGCAAAAUACAAGAUUUAAACUUAUUAUGGUGCAUUGUUCAGGAGAUUGGUUGUGUUUUUUGUAGCAAUAUCUGGCAACACUGCUUCGUCGGCACUGACAGCAGCAAUCAAAAAAGGAGCGCGCGGAUAGUUUAUUGCUGAGGAGACCACAGUCGUUAGACAAAUGCAAUGAUCACCAUGAUAUUAUCUGUACGAAACUGUGUCAAACGCUAUCAAAGCACCAUUAUUAUUGCACAAAUCUUAACAACCGCAGACCUCACUAAUGCAGUGCUGUUCCAGCAAACAUGUGAUUGUGUCUGCCGAAUAUUUUUUCUGUUAUUCGGAUAAAUCCGUUAUUCGUUUUGAAGCCAUUAUCCGUAUCUUUCCGAAUAAGGUAUUCGGCUUCGGGCACAUCCCCAAUAGAGGCUAUUUAUGCAACUGGCCCACGAUCUACUGAACGACUAUUUCGCAGACAAAAAAGUCACGGCAGCUAAAUGUAACCACUUGCAAAAAUAGUCACAUUCAAGUGUUUACAUUCUUUGAUUUAUUAUUUCAGGUUUACAAAACCGAUGUCAAUCCGAUCGAAAUUUCAUUCAGAUCGAGUUCAAUCGGAUCGACUGAGAUAUGUCUACAUGAAGGCCUUUCAGUCCGAUCGAGCGAUCAAUCUGAUUAUACACGGAUUAUUUCACGCAUCCGCGACAGUUUUAAUUCCUAAUAGUUAGUGUCAUCAUGUAAUUCAAUUGAUUCAAAUAUUAAUAACCAUUUACAGCCAAAUUAAAAAAAUCAUUUUAAAUAUUUACGUUUGUACAUACAGCUUUAUGAUACUGUUAGGCCAUAUAUGGCAUUUCUGUGUAGUGAUUUACUGUAAUUUUAAACUUUAAAAAUGUCAUUGCAUUCUGAAGUAUUCAAAACUAUUUUGCAAUAUAUAGCCUUUUACAUCACUGACACAACUGAAAUGUUGUAGGCUAAUAUUUGUUUUGUUUCCAGUCAGAUUUGCUUCAUUGUUAAAAGAAUGUUAAAUGCAACACAGAUACAAAUGCAACUAUUGAUUACCACAGAAAAUAAUUUUGGUUGUUUGUAAAAGCAGACAAAAACGCAGUUACACUCUUAUGGAAGCCAUAGGGUGAAUGUAGGCUACCACGCUGAAAUAAAUUUUAACAGCAUAUCAAAGGUGCACACAUAACAAUUAAGGUAAACUUUCGAUGUGUUUUAUACAUUAGCAUGAGAAAAGCUGAACUCGCCAGGCGUGUUUUGUCCUUUGAGGUUGUAAAAUGCCUGCUGCUCAUGACCUUGACUAACCAGCAGAGGUCAGUAAACAGUGAGUGUUAAAACUAAAUUUGGCAGGCUAGUGCUGAGAUUCCUAGCCCUGAGCUGUGGCUUUUGGUGUAUGUGGGUGAGUUUAGAGGCCAUAUAUGUAUAUUCACCUGCAGCUGCUUAAAAAAACUUCCACCCAAACUUUCUGUUUCAGACAUAAGUCAACACAGAGAGAGAGAGAAAAAAGGCAAAUUCAUAUAUUGUUACAAAGUAAUCCAUUAUUAUGGACACUCAUAAUGAAUACCACAAAGCAUGGCAAAACAAGUGAUUUUGAAAGGGAUUCUGAAAGCCAUUGUUAAAUUAUUUUAAAGCCAAAAUGUUGUCUGAACAUGGGUUUACAAGCUUUCUAACUGCACUACAAGGCAGCUAAAUAUAACAUCACUCUAUGGCAACUGAAAACAAUACAGAAAGCUGAGCAAUGAACAGAAUUCAUAUGCUUUAACCUCUCCUGCUUAAUCAUUGUGGAUUGUAAAUUUGUGUUACUGUAGCAUUUGCAUCUCACUGCAUAUCAUUAUAUGUAGAUAUAAUCUGCUUUUUGACCAUAUUUUAAACAUUUAUGUAUAAUGCACCUUAUUCUGUAUGAAUAUUGAAAAUGUAAAAUAAAUAUAUAAAGGUUUAAAAUCUGAAGAUGAUGAACUUUUUUUUUUCUGAUGUUCACUUUAUUUUCUGCUUUAAGGACCUGUCUUGGAUAAUUGUAUUUUCCAUUCAAAAACAGGGGGAACAAAUAUGCCACCUUUACAUCAUUUCUGUCAAGUCCUAUAUGUAUUUUAAAA